GCUGCUCUAUCUUGGUCCAGCUGUUCCUCGCUAUCUCCUGGCCGACCGCGCCGCCAUAUUCGUCACCCUUUCUGGUCCCGAACCCGAUAGUGGCGCGCAGCAACCCCCGUAGUCGAACAUUGCUAUGUCGUCGGGGGAGACAAAUGCAGAGUUGAUUCAGAUGGCGCGGGAGGCUUGGGCGGUGGAUUGGGUGACGGCUGUCUGCAUGUCAUGCUUGCUCUACGAUUGGCUGAUUACUCUCGACCAAGAGAUCAACCGAAUGUGGCCGGCCCCUUUCUCGAUACCAAAAGUAUUGUUCUUUCUUAAUCGAUAUGUUGUCGUGUGCAUGCUCGUGUUCAAUGCUAUAGCGUCAUCUCUCACCCAUCUCUCUAUAUCAGUUUGCAAAGGGUACUUGCCAUGGCUUGUCGUCACGAUCACCGUGACCAACGCUGUAGUCGAAGGAAUCCUCAUCACGCGGGUGUGGGCGUUGUUCCGCAGUAAUAAGGUAGAACGAUUGCUAUCGGAGUCGUAUAGCGUUCAGCUGAGUUCGUACCAGCCGGUCUUAUGGUUUGCGCUGUUCUUCUAUGUUGGCGGUAUCAUAACACUCGUCGGGCUCACAAUCGACGAUUACGUCGGAACUGGACCUGUCAAAGCCGUGAACGACUUCAACAUCCUACCUGGAUGUUAUGCAGCGGGCGUGCCUCCUAUCAUCGCCGGAUACUGGAUAGCCCCUGUUAUCAUCGAAAGCAUAAUGUUCGUGUUGAUCGUUUCUCGCGUCAUUAUCUGGUGGCACAAUCGAGAGCCUGUGCCUCCCACCCUGAUUCUCAUUGCUCGCGAUUCCGCAAUCUAUUACACUGCUAUAUUCGUUCUACUCAUGACAAAUUUGUUCGUUUUCGAGUUCGCGUCACCAUUCCUAUCUUCGAUGAUGGUAACCCCAUCCAACACAGUUGGUUCCAUCGCCGGAUCGCGCAUGUUGCUCAACCUCAGAGGAAUAAACGACCCCGCUCUUACCGAAUUUGAGCCGGGGACGACCGAGAUCGAGUUCGCGCCCAACCCGGCCGCUCCUACCGCUACGAUACGUGGACGGCGACGCGGCCCUCUCAGCUUCGCUGCCAUACUGAGCGGCCUCUCCAGCGUCGGGACGGUAUCCACUAGCACGAGACUAGGGACGACCACUCGUGGUCGUGAACCCUCGACCACUAUGACGGGAAGGGGAACGGAGACGAUUCAGUUGGGCAAGCUAAGGGAGCCACGAUCUUCCGAGGCAAUGUCAGAGGAUCGCGCGAUACCUCCCGGCGAGUUGGAGUCGGGUUUAUAGCCCCUGUUGCAUCGUUCACGCGCUGCUAUGUGACAUAUUUAUGUGCUAUUAUUGUACGAACGUCUGAUGGGCUGUAGGUUAGCA